UGACCCUCCAUCGAGGUGUCAGAGAGGCUUUUUGUUUUCCACUGGAUGAACAGCUCAUGCUCAGAGAACGCCUUGCUGAAUGAAUCUUCAGUCUGGGUGAAUACUUAAACAAAAUGAAGUGACUUCAGCUGUAUUUAACAUUCUUCUUUUGCAUCUUGAAAUACUGCGGCAGCUGCCUGUUGGUGAAAAUUAAAUCACGGAGCAGUAGGAAUCUCAACAUGGGAAAGUUACUUCUCAAGGAUAAAGUCAUUUAUUUUAUUGUUUUGGCUCUGAUGUGGACGUACAGCUCUGCAGAGAGCGAGUACUUCUACCAAUCGAGGACUCUCACCUGGGAUGAAGCCAGGAGCCACUGCCAGCUCUGUUUCAAAGACCUGAUGACCAUGACUCCUGAAAACAUCCAAACCUUUGCCGGGAAACUCUCAUCUGACACCUGGAUCGGCCUCCGAAAGACCUUCUACAACACCACCACCAAUGCCACCGACAACUACACAGGCAACGCCACCAGUAACUUCACCAGCGAUGACUUCAGUGACUACGCCAUCAAUGCCACCAGCAACGCCAGUUUACCCUGGUCCCGCUGGGCUAAUGGGGACCCCCUGUCCUUCCAGAACUGGUACCCUGGUUGGCCCAAGUUCAAAUCCCCCUUCCCAAAAAUAGACUGCUGCAGCUGCUCCUGCACGUGCCCAGCGACAACAACAACCCCAAGAUGGAGAGCACCAACCGCCGCCCCUUUCACUGACUUUACAGCCCAAGAUGUGACGAGCUUCAGUGGACAAGACGACACAGAAAAUACAACCGGUAUAGGUCACUUCACUGACCAAAACAUGACGGAUGUUUCUGGGUUCAUGGAAUUCAACGCUGAAAAUGCCACAUCAUUUACUUUAUUUGAGUCCUCAGAAAACACAAGUUCCAGUGACACCAUGAACGUCUCAACCCAAAGCCCCCCGUUGUUCAGCGCAACUCCUCCCCUAGCGACCUCAAUGCUUCCGCUAGAAGCAGAGUGCGCGAAGUCACCCAUGCUGACGCCGGAUGUCCCAGAGACUGAGGAGAACUACAUCGAGGACUCUUGUGUGGCCAUGCUCAGCUUCGGGGCCUGGGUAGAAAAGCACUGCUUCGAGCUUCUGACUUUUAUAUGUUACGAUGAUCGCUUUUUUGGCCAAGCCAACGUGACCAACGUAACCACCAGCAGCGCCACCCUCACGUGGCUGCGAGCGCCCGGUAACAUCAACCAUUACCGCGUGGAGGUCAAAGGUCAAGCAGCGCCAGUGAAGAUACAUAAUAGUCUGACCUAUGACCUUUUGAAGCUGACAGCAGGAACCUACUACUCAGUGCAGGUGUUUGCCGUUAAGUGUGUCCGAGACCUCAGCCCACAGGAGGUGGCGUUCUACACCACACCAAACAAAGUCGACAACCUGAAUGCUUUCAACGUGACGGAGACAUCCAUCUCCCUGAGCUGGGACAAACCAGAUGGAAACGUGGAUAUCUAUUUGAUACAUUAUCAGAAUAAGCAGAAUGAAAGUAAAACAGAGGGCAUAGUGGUCUAUGGUUUGAAACCUGGACAUCUUUACACAUUCACUGUCUUCUCGGGGGCCAGCGACAGGUCCACGCAGAGCGAAGAAUCCACGAUCACAAAAUACACCAAGCCCGGGAAGGUGUCCGAUCUGGAGGUGUCUGAGAACACAAACACCUCACUGCUGCUAACCUGGAGUCCACCUGAGGGAAAGACCUCAGGUUACUCUGUGACUGUGAAACACAGUAAUAGUUCAGCAGUUACUGAAAAGGUGAAAAAGACUGAGUUCAGAGUGACGGGGCUGCCGAUGGGCACCAAGAUCACUUUGAGUGUGAGAGCUUUGAUUAAUGGCUCUCUGGAGGGAGAUGAAGUGACCAUCUCCAACUACACUGCUCCAGGACAGAUUUCAAACCUGAUGUUGACCCCCCUUGAUUACUCCAUCAAUGCCACCUGGAGCCCUCCGGAGGGUAAUUAUUCAUCUUUCAGCAUCAAGCUCCAGCUCGAUGACAGGUUUGUUGCAAACGAAAUCAGCCAAAAACCAUAUUGGGAGUUUGAGAACCUGAAGAGCACCGCCACUUACGUAGUGAUCGUCAGUGCUGUUAGUGGACAUCUCAGCAGCGCGCCGGUGAUGGGAUCCGUAUCCACCACUCCGGCGCGCCCUCAAAAUCUGACAGUGACUAAGUCCUACAAAAACAAAAUCACGUUCCAAUGGAAGGCUCCCGACAACACAGCAUCGGUCAAGUACAUUGUAAAAAUCAGCUCCAGCUUUUGGAAACACAGUUUCUCCAAUAUGACCCAAGACCAAACCAGCUACACCUUUGAUGGCUUGAAAUCUGGGACGAGAUACAAGAUUGAAGUGCAAACAGUUGCCGGUCAGAAAUCGAGUCCCCCAGUGACUGUGUCACAUUUCACAGUGGCAGAAACAAGGGAGAUCAGUCUGUCCAUGAUGUGCUCGUCAGCAGAAUCUCUGCUCUGUAACCAAACCAACGUGAGGGAAAGGGUUUUAGAUCAGUUGGAGGCCCAUUUCAAGAAAGAGUUGGGGGACGAUGUUUUCUGGGAAUUGGUGAAGCCGGAAAUUGAAUGAAUUCAAUAAUUGUGUAAAAGCAUUUGAAUGAUUCUGUUGUUCAAGAAGUCAAAUAUUAAGUAUCGUGUGAAAAACUUUGUUGCAGUUAAUCUGAAUUGUUAGACAAAAUCAAGAAAUAACUUUUUACUGAGUAAGCAAAACGAAAACAAGUGAAUGAGUGUGUAUUUCAAUUAGUAUUUUAGUUGUCAGGUUCAAAUGUUGGCUUCCCUAUGUUAGUGUGAUACAGGGGCAUGUCCAGACUUUUAAAUGGGGGGGGGGCACUGAGUUCUGCAGGGGUGGCCUGAGGUGUGAUGUGUGCACAGUCACACAAAUAAAUAUCAAUGAUUUACCCUUUCUCUCUGCA